AUGUUCUGCGCGAAGCUGAAGGAGCUGAAGAUAUCAGGAGAUUGUCCUUUCUCCUCCAGCAGCGACAAAAAGAAGAAUGAUGAGCUGGGAGACUUUGAGGAGCGCUCAACUGACGCUGCGGAUCUAUUGCCUAUUUCUAAGGACGUGCAUGGAAAAAAAACAGGUGAGGAUCUACCUCAGCAGAAGAAGACGAGCAGAGCCAAAGUUAACCUGCACACACUUGGGGAGAGCAUCCGAAAAUUGGCAUGUCCUGAGUUUCAAAGGCUGCACGCUGCCCUCCAACGAAUGAUGAGACUAUCAGAUCAAACCAGGGACUCUGAAAGUCCAGUAAUUUGCUGCACAAGCUGCAGUGAUGAACCGGAGCAUCUUGUGGAAAUGUUGAACAUUUACUCAACCAAAACAGCAAUCCAGAUGGAAGCUCUCAAAGUUUCUCUCGGCGAAGAGCUCUUCAACAUGUGUUACGAGGAGGACGGACACAUUUUGAGGGUGGUGGGGGGAGCUCUCCAAGAUUUCCUCAACAGCUUCAAUGUCUUGUUGAAACAGAGCAGCACGCCGCCCAACCCGGACAGAGGGGAUUGUGUAAACGAACCUUCGGUGCUGUGCUUAGACAAGGAUGCGGGUCUGCUUACUGUCUAUUUCUUCAACCCCCGCCCGACCACUGAGCUCUUCUUCCCUGGAGUCAUCAAAGCUGCUGCCCGCCUGCUGUAUCAAACCACAGUGGAUGUGUUGAUGGACCCCCCCAGUGCUAAUGACAGCAUCUUGCAGUCAAGCCCGCAGCCCAGUCUUCUGUACACAGUUGUAGUUAAGGAUGCUAAAAAUCUGAGCCCCAGUCCGCUGCGGGCCACCUCAGCUGGGACCCUUCCUACCUCUCUGUUCUCCACCAUCUUCCCCUUCCAUCUGAUCCUGGACCAGGACUUGGUUCUGGUGCAAAUAGGACACGGGCUCAGGAAGAGGCUGUUCAGGAAGGACGGACUGAGGCGGACUUCUACCUUCCUAGAACACUUCUCUUUAGUCUCUCCCCAGAUCAAAUGUACCUUUCAAAGUAUUCUGACCAUGCUGAACACACAGUUUAUCAUUCGGAUCAAGCAUGGAGUCUCCAUCGCAGAUAACACAGGGAAGCCUAUGGAUCUUAAAGGUCAGAUGAUCUACGUUUCGGAGUCCAACGCCAUCCUGUUCUUGGGUUCGCCGUGUGUGGACAAGCUGGAGGAGCUAACGGGCCGCGGCCUCUACCUGUCAGACAUCCCUAUUCAUAACGCACUGCGUGACGUAGUGCUGGUCGGCGAACAGGCCAAAGCCCAGGACGGCUUGAAGAAGCGUCUGGGGAAGGCCAAGGCCGCCCUGGAGCACGCUCACCUGGCGCUAGAGGAGGAGAAGAAGAAGACGGUGGACCUCCUCUUCUCCAUCUUCCCCGGCACCGUGGCGCAGCAGCUGUGGCAGGGCCAGACGGUGCAGGCCAAGAAGUUUAACCGAGUUACAAUGCUGUUCUCUGACAUUGUGGGCUUCACGGCUGUUUGCUCACGCUGCACCCCGAUGCAAGUGAUAACCAUGCUCAGUGAGCUGUACACCAGGUUUGACCACCAGUGUGGAGAGCUUGAUGUCUAUAAGGUGGAGACCAUCGGUGAUGCGUACUGUGUAGCUGGCGGCUUACACAAGGAGAGCGAGACGCACGCCGUCCAAAUUGCACUCAUGGCCUUAAAGAUGAUGGAGCUUUCAGACGAAGUUAUGACGCCAACUGGAGAACAAAUACAGAUGCGUAUAGGCCUCCACACUGGUUCAGUACUGGCUGGUGUAGUUGGGGUGAGGAUGCCCCGCUACUGCCUUUUUGGGAACAAUGUUACUAUGGCGAACAAGUUUGAAUCCUCUAGCCAGCCGAGUAAAAUCAACAUCAGCCCUACAACCCACAGAUUGCUGAAGGAUCGGCCGGAGUUUGUCUUUAUUCCCCGGAGCAGACAGGAGCUUCCGUCCAACUUCCCAGAAGACAUCCCUGGUGUUUGUUACUUUUUGGAGGCGUCCUUCACAACUUCAAAACUGACUCUGAAAUGAAGUCAAGCAGCUGCAGAGCCCCGAAAACAUUAGAUAUGACGACAUAUAAACGUAUCCGUGCUUUGGGUUGUUUAGAUAUUGAUGAUAUUGUCUAUCAAACUCUUGCAGCUGCUUAAUAACAGACGUGUCAGUUUGCUGUCAAACAUGAGUCUUGUCGCUGUACAAUUAUCCAUUUGUACAGUUGUAACGCAGAGAAAUACUCACUUCCUUCAUUUUUCUUCCAGAAUGAGUCAUCUCUGCAAAUUGAUACGAUAUAUAAAAGUGGCUUUCUUUGACUGUUUUGUUCAUUUUAGCAUUUAAGAGAUACAAAACAUAUGCUAAAUGUGGCCAAAAAGGGCACCAUUUUCAAACAGUAGCUGCUUCUGGUUUGUUGUAAAGAAUUAAAUAUAUCAUCUUGCAUAUGGUGUAGAAAUACAUUUUGGAUGUUGAUCCUUAAUGUGAUAUUUCCUUUUAUCAAGAUUGUUUUCUGUAAAUAUCUGACUGGUCCAUUCACAUCUGUCCAGACUACAAUACGUAUCUGCUAAAAGCACCUUGGCCUGUUGGUACAGCAGAAGAAUUCAAGAUUAAAAUGAGUUGGUUUGCGUGUUUCAGUGAAGAAUUUCAUGACAAAUAAUGUGGAAAAGCUGAAGCAAAUGAUAAAGUUAUUCAAAGAUUUAGGAGACAUCCAGCCUUCCUAAACUGAGCAGAUUCAGGUGCCUUAUGGGAAAUAAUAUACAGGCAGGAUCACGUUCAUUUACCUGUUUUUUUGUUUUCUGUAGAUAUGGUUCAAUAUGAAUUUACAUGUCAAUAAUUUCUUCCAGAGGUUUGUGGUUGCAACUCAGUAUAUAUUUGUAAUAACAUGUAACUUAGACUUCCAUUUAUUAGACAUAAAGCAUUCCAAGAUCGCGUUUUCCUAAUAUAAGUAAUGUACAUGUAUUUUUUACUUUUUUUCCCACUGUACACAUGUUUAUACUAUAUUUAUUACAUUGGCUUCAUAGCACUCCUUUCCUAUCCAGCGGGAAUACGACACAACAAGAAUACAAUGAAUGUUCUACUAUCCCUCAUAAUGAUGUGCUUUAAUCAUUAUUGUAAUGUAAUCAAAGCGCAAUAAAUAUUGACAUUAAAAUGA